UGUUCCGACCGAGCGAUUUUGAUUGAUUUUGGUGGAUUUUGGUUUUUGCUCGAAACCACAUCCGAUGUUUAUCUACAUCCGUGUAAGAAGAAAACACAUUUAUUUAGACGAUAUUUUCUUUUAGUAAAAUAAUGUAUAGCUAUCUCAAAGUAUCACGCAAUUUUCUCAUAAAUUGGAGAUACAUACAUAAUUCAAAAAUAAUAGAAAAACAUAAAAAAAGCCUUGGGCUAUGGCAUCUUGACAUAACUACAGAUAUCAAGUUGAAAAUUGAAGAUCAUUGGGCUAAAGAAGUUGUAUCAUCUCCUGAAAUUAAGGAGAAUGUUGACACUUACUAUGUGCUACCCAUGUUCCCAUAUCCCUCUGGUAACUUACACAUGGGGCAUGUUAGAGUUUAUUCAAUUUCUGAUACAAUAGCAAGAUUUCAUAAAUUGAAUGGCAAAAAUAUAAUACAUCCAAUUGGAUGGGAUGCUUUUGGACUACCUGCAGAAAAUGCUGCGAUCGAAAGAAACAUUCUCCCUCACCACUGGACUCAAACAAAUAUAGAUUCUAUGAAGCAGCAGCUGAAAAGUCUGAAAUAUAAUUUUGAUUGGAACCGUGAGCUGUCUACUUGUGAUCCUCAGUAUUAUAAAUGGACUCAAUACAUAUUUUUGAAACUAUUUGAAAAAGGGUUGGCUUAUCAGUGUAAGGCCAAAGUCAAUUGGGAUCCAAUUGAUAGAACAGUUUUAGCUGAUGAACAAGUCGACGAAUUUGGUUGUUCCUGGAGAUCUGGGGCUAAAGUAGAAUCGAAAAUUUUAACUCAAUGGUUCAUAAAAACCACAAAAUAUGCUAAAAAACUCUAUGAUGGCUUAAAAUCGGAGAGCUUAGAAGACUGGAAAGAUAUUAUAAAUUUGCAACGCCAUUGGAUUGGGGAAUGUAAUGGUAUAGUAGUAACGUUUAAAAUUAAAUUAGGCGACGAAUUCAAGUCAUUGGAUAUAUGGACUUCUGACCCAUAUAAAUUUAUCUAUGGCGAAUUUAUUACUAUGAGUAAUAAUAACAUUCUUUUACAUGGUAUAGAGUUGGAUAAUUCUAGUCUUAAAUGCUUGAAUCCCAUAACGGCUCAAGAAAUGCCAGUAUAUGUGACAGAUAGUGCUAAUUAUGCCCCAGAAAGGGACGUGUAUAUAGCAUCACCAGCCCUUGAUGAGGAGGAUUUUAAGUUGGCGAAAACUUUAAACAUACCCUUAAAUAUUAACAAAGGCAUUACGUGUGACAAAGAAAAAGAAAAUCAACAUGCCAUUGAAAUAGCACAAAGAAAAUGUGUUGGCGGUCAUUAUGUGAGCUCCAAAUUAAAAGACUGGUUGAUAUCCAGACAAAGAUAUUGGGGUACACCGAUACCAAUUGUACACUGUACAAAAUGUGGUACAGUCCCUGUACCCUUUGAAGAUUUACCUGUAGAAUUACCAAUUGUGGAAGCUGUGGAACCUGGAAUUCAAACAUUAGCAAAUUUAGAUGACUGGGUUAACUGUAAAUGUCCCAAGUGUCAGUCUAAUGCAAAACGAGAAACUGAUACUAUGGACACAUUUGUGGACUCAUCUUGGUACUACUAUAGAUUUUUGGAUCCUUCUAACAAAGAAAAGGCAUUUGAUAAAAAACAUCUUGUUGGUAAAACUCCUAUCAAUGUUUACAUUGGAGGGAAAGAACAUGCUGUCUUACAUCUUUAUUAUGCUAGAUUUAUGAGUUACUUUCUGCAUUCUUUGGGGUGGACACCAUCUGAAGAACCAUUUAAAAAGCUAGUAGUACAAGGCAUGGUUAUGGGACAGUCUUAUAAAUUGAAGUCAUCUGGAAAAUAUUUACAGCCGAAUGAUGUUGAAAAAGUAGGCAAUGAAUUUAAAGAUAAAACAAGUGGCGAAUCAGUUUUAGUACAAUGGGAAAAAAUGAGCAAAUCUAAAUACAACGGAGAAAAUCCUGAGAGAUUGCUAUCAGAAUAUGGAUCUGAUACAACUAAACUUCUUAUGCUUGCCGAUGUUCCUCCUGCCACCAGUCGACGAUGGUCUGAUGCAACUUUACCUGGUGUCCUAAAUUGGCAGCACCGUUUAUGGUUAACCUUAAGAGAUUUCUUGAAAUAUAGAACAUCUAACGUAUCUAAAACCAUUGCUGAUGUUGAUUUCAAGAAACAUGAAUCAAAAAUUCUUGAUGCAAGAAACUAUUACACAGCAACUGCUACUUACCACUUCAAAUAUACGUAUAAGCUUAGUGUUGGCAUAUCAAGACUACAGAGUUUGACAAGUACCUUAAGGAAUAAUGUUCCAGCAGAGGUAAUUGCCUAUAGUAAAGAAUAUGAGCAAGCAUUAGCAUCCUUAAUAAUUAUGCUGUCACCAGUGACGCCACACUUCAGCUCCGAGCUGUGGGCCGGAUUUCUAUCAGCGCCAAACAGAGUCUCUACCCAUUUACCAAAUUAUAUUGAUUGGGAAAAAAGUGUCUUAGACCAGCAUUGGCCAGAAGUAGAUGAUGACUAUAAUCUUUCGUUUCUUUGCAAGGUUGAUGGAGCUGAUAGAUGCGAGAUUAAAAUAAAGUCCAUAGAUCUGAAAGAAAUUAACCAGGAAACUGCUUUAGGCAUGAUGAUCAAUAAAGAACCUGUUGCUAAGUGGAUUAAAACUAAUAUAAUCAGGACAAAGUUUGAAUUAUAUCCUGGCUGUCGGGCGAUACUCCAUAUAUCUACAAACAGACAACAAAAAGGUAAAAAAGGUGACUCUAAAGUAAAAGUUUCUAAUUCCUAGAAUAUAAUUAAAAUUAUAUAAGCAGUAAGAAAUA